CUUUGUCAGGCACCAGAACAGACCUCAGAAGCAUCUGUACAAGCUGUUGAGAUUGUAGUUGUUCUUUAGUGCCUAAAUUGCACACUGCAUCACUUGGUUUACAAUCUUUUAUCUUUAAAUACAGCAUCGAAUAAGUAAAUCUACAAUGUCAGUUUUGCUCAUCAUUUGGAUGCUUUGUACUACUCUGGAUUUGUCAGACUCUACUCCUGACGAAUGUGAAGAUGAGAUACAGCGUCUUCGAGCGGAGUUGAAGAGUUUGGAACUUCGCCAGACAAAGCAACAGCAACUUAUUCAACGAUUAAUGAAUCACAACCAGAUGGAUGAACAUUCCCUAAAAGCGAGCGCAUUUUAUGACAUGGGAGACAAACAGUACAUGGACUGUGCUCAGAUCUUCAAAAAUGGCAGCACUCAGAGUGGGUUUUACAUGAUUAAACCACUGCUGAAUCUAACCCGGAUCAGAGUGUACUGCGAUAUGACAGAGGGGGGUGGAUGGACAGUCUUCCAGAGACGCUCAGAUGGCAGUCAGUCAUUUGACAGAGAUUGGAAUGAUUAUAAAAUAGGAUUUGGUGACAUGAAGUCCGCUAAUGGAGAGUUCUGGUUAGGGAAUGAUAAUCUGCAUUAUCUGACAUCUCAAGACGAUUACACCUUGAGAAUCAAUCUGGAAGACUUUGAGGGCAGCCACCGUUUUGCAGUGUACAAAACGUUCAAAGUGGAUAAUGAACAGAACCAUUACCAGCUCCAGUUUGGUGUAUACACAGGAAACGCAGGGGACGCUCUCUCUGGCAGUUAUCAUCCUGAGGUUCAGUGGUGGGCCAGCCAUCAGGGAAUGAAGUUCAGCACACGAGACAGAGAUAAUGACCGCUAUGAUCGCAGUUGUGCUCAGGAGGACAAGGGUGGCUGGUGGUUUAACAGAUGUCACUCUGCCAAUCUGAAUGGAUUCUACCACAGAGGCCCCUACAGCGCAGUCACUGAUGACGGAAUAGUGUGGUACCCCUGGCAUGGCUGGUGGUACUCCCUCAAAUCUGUGCAGAUGAAGAUCAGACCCGCCAGUUUUAAGCCUAAUGAUGUUUAAUUCAUGGAUCUGAUAUCUAAACCAUGAAGGAAAUGAUGAAUUUGUGGAUGAAGACAAAUGACAUUGUAGUCCAGCUUAGUAGUCCAAUUCUUAAGUAUUUACAUAUGUAGUUAAAAAAGCUCUUCUCCUGCAUGUAGCGCAAUAAAGUUCUCAA